AUGAAUAUUUUGUUUCAACUGGUGCUAUUAAGUUGCUUUGCAUUAUUAUGCACUGCCGAUUCCAAAAAAUCUUUUAACAUCACUCAACUAAGCUCGCGCGAUCCCUCUCGGUAUCAUGCUUUGCGGCUUUUCAACAACGAUCAUCCGAAUCGGCUGCGACCAGCUCUGAAGAAAUGCCCAUCAUCCAACACGCUGUUUCCGGUCAAAAUUUUCUCCUCAGAAGAGCCUCUUUUCUGUUCAGCAGUUUUCAUAAGUGCCGACGCGCUGUUGUCUACGGCACUCUGUCUGAAGCUCAUGCAACCUACCGAGGAUCAUCCCUCCAGCCACAUGUUUGCCAUGGUGGAGGCGGAGCAUGUCUUCUACUAUGAAGGCGGCCGACGCUACGUCAGCAAGAUUUUCUACCAUCCUAAGCUGGAGGAUGAACCGGCAUACCACAAUGUGGCCAUCGUGAAGUUACGUAGCCCAAUCCGCGAAACAGUGUCUGCGGCCGGACCGAGCAUUGUGGCCUGUCUUUGGUCGGAGCCGAAGCUGCGGAGCGAACGAGUUUUUCUUGGCGAGUGGUUCAAAUACCAACCAGAGCAAAAUGCGGCGUUUCGUUGGAUCGAUUUGCCAACCAUUACCAGAAAAGAGUGCCGUGAGGAGCUGUCGAAAAGCAAGGCGCUUGUACCGGAGCUCGAUCGGGGCGUUGUGGAAUCGCAGCUGUGUGUGAAAGACAACAAGAAUCGUACCAUGAUCGAUUUCUGUGAAGCCCGCUCAUCCGGUCCCUUGUUCAUGACACUUGGCACUACGGUCUAUGUGGUCGGCAUGCCAACGGUCCACGUCGAUGAUUGCAAUGUGCAGGUCGAGGUGUUCAAUCGAGUGUCCUACUUUUUGGACUGGAUCGAGGCUAUCGUGUGGCCACGCUUGGAUACGGUGUAG